UGCGCAUGCGUUGCGGGACCCUGUGAAGCGGUUGGGCGGGUUCGGAGAUUGCGGCGGCGGCGAUUUAGGAUCGACUUUGGGGCGGCUCCCAGGUGCGGCAUCUCCUGCUGUGCGGCUUCUCUUGAACUGGUUCGUGUGAAUCUACAGAAACAUGUCUAAGCAACAGCCUGCUGAAAAGUUUGCAAAUCCAGAAACCCCUGGUUAUGUUGGAUUUGCAAACCUUCCAAACCAGGUUCAUCGGAAGUCUGUGAAAAAAGGCUUCGAAUUUACCCUUAUGGUAGUUGGUGAAUCUGGAUUGGGAAAAUCUACUCUAAUAAACAGCUUGUUCUUAACAGAUCUCUACCCAGAAAGGAUAAUCCCAGGAGCAGCUGAAAAAAUAGAAAGAACUGUACAGAUUGAGGCCUCAACAGUUGAAAUUGAGGAAAGAGGUGUAAAGCUCCGUCUGACUGUAGUAGAUACACCAGGAUAUGGUGAUGCUAUUAAUUGUCGAGAUUGUUUCAGGACCAUUAUUUCCUAUAUUGAUGAGCAGUUUGAACGUUAUCUUCAUGAUGAGAGUGGCUUGAAUAGACGGCAUAUUGUGGAUAACCGAGUUCAUUGCUGCUUCUAUUUCAUCUCACCAUUUGGUCAUGGUCUCAAGCCUUUGGAUGUUGAGUUCAUGAAAGCUAUACACAACAAAGUGAAUAUUGUACCUGUGAUUGCAAAAGCUGAUACCCUAACGCUGAAAGAGCGGGAAAGACUGAAGAAAAGGAUUUUGGAUGAAAUUGAAGAACAUAGCAUCAAGAUUUAUCACUUGCCCGAUGCAGAAUCAGACGAAGAUGAAGAUUUUAAAGAACAGACCAGACUUUUGAAAACCAGCAUUCCAUUUUGUGUUGUGGGAUCCAAUCAAUUAAUUGAAGCUAAGGGUAAAAAAGUUAGAGGUCGUCUUUAUCCCUGGGGUGUUGUUGAAGUGGAAAAUCCAGAACAUAAUGACUUCUUAAAACUAAGAACCAUGCUGAUCACUCAUAUGCAGGAUCUUCAAGAAGUGACUCAAGAUCUUCACUAUGAGAACUUCCGUUCUGAAAGACUUAAAAAGGGUGGCAGAAAAGUUGAAGAUGAAGAAGUUAAUAAAGAUCAAAUCUUGCUUGAAAAGGAAGCAGAACUUCGCCGCAUGCAGGAAAUGAUUGCAAGGAUGCAGGCACAGAUGCAGAUGCAAAGGCAGGGAGGUGAAGGAGAUAGCAGUGCAACUCAUGGGUACAAAGUUUGAAUUAUUUGAUAUCUUUCAUUAAUUGGAAUCAUUUAAGAUUUAAGACACAGCUUAUUUUGUGGGGAGAGUUACUACUUAUCCUGCUGUCACUUGGAAGGUCUCUUAACAUUCAGCAAACAAAUAUAUAGUUGACGUAUUCUCUAUUUUAUAAACAAAUAAGAUUUCUUUAAUCUUUUUAAAAUGUUAAAUGCAAUAUGAGUUUGUUAAGAUUUACUAAUAUUUUAUUGACCUGAUUUUACUAUGCAGAUUACACAAAUGUUUAGAUUUUCCCUAACCUGUUGUUCAUCUAAUACUAUGGAUUAAUGCCACUGAGGGGUUUGGGGUUUUUUUGCACUCAAUAUAUAAAUUGAUUAUAACCAAUUAUAUUUAUGGUUUAAAUUCUUAUUCUUAAUUUUUCCUGAUUUCCUUUUUGCAGCUGACAUGAUUGUUUGAAAGUUCCUUUAAGUUACCUACCCUAUAAAUAUUAUGUAUUGCCUAUUUCUUUGAAAUCAUUGUAAAGGUUUUCAUAGGAAAGACUAAGAAAGUCUUAAAGGAAUGUUCAUUUCUUUUGGAAUAGAGACCUUUGCGUGCAGACUGACCUACAAGAAAAUAAGUGAUAAUAUUUGCAAUUUUUUUCAAUGUUACUCUUUUUAUAUACAGGUAGUCCUUGACCUACAACCAUAAUUGAGCCUGGAAUCUUUGUUGAGUGAAGCAGUUGUUAAAUGACACAUCACAUAACUGCUUCCCUUAAUGACUACCAUCCUGGCUCAUUCAUUUACAGUUGUUAAGUGACCAUGUGGAUCAUUCAGCAGAAUGAGGGGAUGCUGCACCAGGUAGGGAGGCCUGGGAUCUACAGGGAUACAUAAACCUGCUGAUGUCUGUGAGGUUUCAGCUGGUUCCCAAUCCAACCGCUCAGCCACCCAGGGAGCUUCAGGCUGGCUAUGGAAGCUACCAGCAUGUACAAAGCUGCUGCAGGUGGCUGGGUGAGUUGCUCCCCUCUGUCCCUUCCACUUGCAACUUCCCUGCCAGUUUCCCAGCAGAAAAGAUAGCAGAUGGCAUUCACAUGAUUGUAGGGCGCUUGGAAACUGGUUGUACCUGCAAAUAGGCUGCCAAGAGCCUGAAAUAUGGUCAUGUGAUUAGGGGGGCAGUGCUACACUUUACAAUAUUUGGAAGUGCUUUACGGGCUUAGAAAAACACUCUUUCCGAGGCCAUCAUAACUAUGAUCAAUUGUGAAAUGGCCAAUUGUAAGUCAAGAACUACCUGUAUGAAGUAACGUAUCAGUAUGCCUUGACUAUUUGUGGACUGCUGUACUUUACCAGUGCUAUACAGUAAAUAUUUUCAAGUAAUUUCCAUGUGUGUAGCAUUUUGUGACGUAUGUGAGUUUAAAAGAAGUAGUAUAAUUUAGAAAAAAAAUUCAGUUAUUUUUUCAGACUUUUUAGGUGUAUUUUUUCAGAUUUUCAAAUUUGUAUUUAAUUUUCGAAGAAAGCAAGGUCAAAUUGUACCCGAGGCAUGUGUUUCUACAAAGGAAGAGCAUAAGUAUUCAUCAUGGAAGAAACUAGCUACUCCCUGAUGACCCCAGUAUACCCAUGACAUACAUACAUACUGACAGACAUAAAUACUGUACUUGGAAAUACUGGAAAGAGAGUGACUUAAUCUAAUGUCCUUCAGGCUUCUAACAUUAAAAAAAGUAAUGAUGGCAUUUUCAUUUUGAUUGUUGUUACACACAGAUAAGGAAAACCAGAUGAUGUCCAUAUUUUAGUCUGUAUUUACUAUGUUCAAAAAUAAAAUCCAAAUUAUAUUUCUUGAAAUCUGCAAUGAAUGAUAUAUAAACAUAGUAAAAAUGUUCUGCCAUUUAUUAAUCCAGAAUUUUAAUUUUAAAAAUGGGAUCACAGCAAGAUUUCACUUUGAUCUUGUAAUUUAUUUGGAAAAUAUAAUACUAAUCUGAAGAGUUUUCACUAAUAGUACUUUUUCCUCCUUAGAAAGAUGAUAAUUGUUCAAUACCUCUUCUGUUCAGAAGUAACACCUACAAUCUUUUUGUGUCCUACAUAGGUUAUAUUACUGGGUUAAAUUAUGCUAUUUGAUUUGAACACACUUGUUUUACCUAGAAUGUUUUAGAUCUGGGCUGAUUUCGGUAUUAUUUGUAUGAAGCUGUAAUUAUAAUUAAAUAGCAAGGAGAAAAAUUCCUAGUAUUUUGAAAACCUGUGAAAAUGUGAAUAUGUGUGCCAAAUAACUAGUAUAAACCUAACCCUACUGUACAUUAGUUUUCAUUAACUGACUUUAAAGAAUUGUUCAGUAUUUUUAAACAUCAUCUGCAUGUAUCAUUUGCUGUAAUUAGACCUUCAUUAUAUACUGUAACUUAGUCUUUACUUGUGGUGCUACAUUUUAAGAAUUUUGGCUUUCAUGAUCACUUAUAAAAUCCAUACUGCUAAAACUUAAUUCCUGAACAGCAGUAAUUUACUAAUUUAAAUUGUACCUUUUAAGUAAGGUUAAUUUUUUUUAACAGUAUAUUUCCAUGAGGUUGAAUGAUGUUUUCCAGUCUGUGCCUGAUAUAGGAAUAACAAAGUAUCUGUACCUAUUUCCAUGAACUAAGCUACAUUUAAAUAUUCAGAAUACAAUUUAAAAAUGAAUUUCUCAAGGUUUGGGGAACCUGAAAAAUGGUUAGCAUCACAAAUGGUCUUUGUCUUUGUUUUUCGAACUAAUAUAAUUACAAUUUUAGGAUUAUAUUGUUAUAUUCUUUAACACUUUUACUGGAUUUUUAUAACGGGGGUAUUCAAAGGGCUACUUUUUGUAUAAGACAGUAUUAACCUAUAAUUGAUUUUCUGUACCUUAUUUUAGCCCAAAUUAUUAAUAAACCCAAUAAACUGUUAUGUACAAA